AUACACAUCUUCUUCAGCUUGAGAUCAGUGGGGCUCUUUGGAGGACUUUUGUAUUAUUUUAUUUGUGAUAUUAGACAAACUGAAGGAGCAAUGAUUACUGGCUUUGGGAGCAACUAGUGAGUCAGUCAGUCACAUAAACCAAACAGAAGACGGAAACUUUUCUGAAGACUGAUCUGAACCUAUCGGUAGUCUCCUCUUUCCUGUCUAUGCAUAAUCUGUGUAAAAGUGUGUGUGCAGGUAAGACGGUGAGAUGUUAUAAGGGGUCUCGUGAUGGUCCGUUUGACCAUGGUGGGUGUGGUGAUGUCAGGGGUUUUGUGAAAUGGAAACUGAAGCAAGGCAUGGGGGGUUGAUUACCUAACCUUGUUGUUCAGAGGAGGAGCAGAAUUUCAUACGUUAAGUUACAAUAUAAUAGAGGUUGGUGAAUAGCAUUCCACUCUCUUUGAUACGGAAGUUAGCCAACGCAUUUGCUACAUGUAGUGUGUUUCCCAAUGCUACAUAAGGAUAAAGCAUGCACAGGUUAGUCAUUUUUUACAGAGUUUAUCAGAAAAUUACCAGGUCAUAACUACACAUUGUUUGUUGUAUAAUGAAUGAGCUUCAGUGUAUUCACAGAUUAGCACAGCCUUACUUUCAGUGUAUUCACAGAUUAGCACAGCCUUACUUUUAGUUGUCUGUGUGAACUUGCAGGGCAUUGUAGUCUUCACAGGUUGUGAAGAAGCUAUUUGAAGUCUAUUUGAAAUCUAUUUGAAGUCUAUUUGAAGGUCUGCACCUUCGACACACUGACUUCACUGAAAAUUAGACCACUGUGUCAUGGGUGUGUUCAGAGAGGUUUGUUGUAUUCAGUGUCACGUUUAUUUGUCCAGCUCAGACUCAUCUCAGAGCUCAUCCUCAAACUGACUAGAGAGGACCCCCAGAGUGUCGGUUGUAUCUCAUUGGCUUAUGUCGGCAGGACUGGGCCAAUGAGGUUGACCCAGGGCACCUUUUCCAGGAAGUACUGCCCCAGUUGUCUUAUCAGGGGGGCACAGUCCACUCAGCCACACAUGGUCUCCGACUGACAGGGAGACGGAGAGAGAGGUGAACUCCCUGUGAAGAGCGUAGCCCGCGCAGGAGAACAGACCUACUUAUCUUCUCUCUCACACACGACCUCAGGGGCUAGAAGGGUGUACGGGACACCCCCUGUGCUAUCAGUCCAGGGUUAUUCUUACUCACAAAACAAAACAGUGCCUGUGGAGACCAGUGUAGGGUGUCUGCGUGUGUGUGUGUGUGUAACAUUACCGUUUCUCCGGUCAGAAGAGGCAGUCGAGCUUUGCCACCCCCCAGGAUGCACCAGGCCCCAGGCUGCAGCGUCCACUGAUCCGGUCAUACCCACCACCACCUCCACCACCACCUCCUGCCCCGCCCCCAUCCUUGCCACUCCAGCCCCCCACUGUCACCUUUAGCCCCCCAGAGGCAGCAGAGGACCCCCCCUGUGGAGCGACCAUGCAGAGCUCUCCCAGGAAGUGGGUGCUGAAGCCGCUGUCUCCUCGCCUGGAGCUGUCUGACCUGAGGAGCAUGGUGAGCCCCUUCUCCGGGGACCUGCUCUCCUCACCCCCCGAGAGGAGCUGGGGCGGCCAGCCGGAGGGACAGCUGGACAGUCUGGACUUCACGAGCAUCUCUGUGUCACGCACCCAGGCUUCCGUCACCGUCUCGACCAAGCUGGGCGAGGGGACAGAGGACGUGGUGGUCCAGUGUCGUCAGGUGGCUGUGGCGGAGACGACGGGAUCGGGGGACAGCCGUGAGGGGGACGCCUGGUCGGCGGGCGGAAGCAGUACCCCCAGCACCCCCACGACCCCCGGCUCCCCCAACAGCACCGGCUCCCACUCCGGCUUCUACUCGUUCGUGGAGGACCCCGCCAGCCUGGAGGCGGAGCAGAAUGAGGAGUGGAUGGUGUCGCCACAGCGACUGGCCAAGCUGGCCACGCUGAAGCGGGAGAGCAGCUUCAAGCUCCAGACGUACGCGCCCGACAUGAGGCCCGAGAAGCUGUUCGAGGAGAGCAACGGUGACUCCCGCUACCGGGUGGAGAGCACAGUCGCCAUGGCAGCAGAGGAGGAGGAGAGUGAUGUGGGGAAGCUGGACAGGAAGGAGAUCAUCCGUGACCAGGCACCAAAGAAGAGCCAGGUAUUUAAGGAGCAGUGGAGCGCACUGGAGAGUCUGGACCUCAGCAGCCCCCCCCGGAGGCUGGUAGAGGGAUUCAGCAUCUGCUAUGGACCCAUGAACCCCGCAGCUGAACCCACACCUUUGGAGCCUGGCUCUAUUGACGAGGAACAGAUCGACUUCACCAAGGCCCGCAAGCAGUUCCUCAUGAUGGAGCAGUCCAGACAUAGCCCUGUCAUCCAGAGGCCCCCAGACACCCCCCACUCCCCCGCUCAGCCAUACGCCUCCCAAGUCCCUGCUCAGCUGCACAGGAUUCCUGAGGUGAGUAGUGCUGCAUCUAAGGAUGUCCCCAAAGAUAGGAGUAAAACUGAACACCCAGGCCAAAGCCAAACGCCGCCCUUCGGGUUCAGUGAUGACGUCUUCAUCAGCAACAUGGUGACGGUGACCGUCACUGAAGACGGGAAAGCCUUGAAAGGGAGCAGCACUACUGAGUGGGACUCUGGACGGGGCGAUCGGCUCGGAGGGGACGCCAGCGACGGCAGCGUCUCGAACGAACCGUCAAGAGGGGAGUCCACCGCCAGCCCUCUGCCCGCCAUCUCCCAGGAGACGCCCGCGGAGAGAGAGGUACCUAACGCUCAGGAGACCCCCAUCGAGAGGGAGAUCCGCAACGCCCAGGAGCGGGAGGAGAGUCUGCGGCAAGCUCGUGGCAUCAGGCACAACAGCACGCAGGAGAUGGUGGAGAUCAAAACCAAACCGGUCCUCACCCAGCCCACACCGCCUGCUCUUGCCAGGCCAGUCAAGGCCAAGGACACCCACCGCGUGAGCUUCCUUAUCCAGCGUGAGAUCGAGAGGGAGAAUCGGAGGGACGAGGGCGCCAGCGUGCAGGGCGUGGGGAAGGGACGUGGCAUUUAUGACGUGGAGGAGAGGAGGAGGGUCUUCGAGCCUCAGGUGAAGUCGUCGUCGUCAUCACCUGCACCGUCCGUCUCCUCAGAAGUCUCACCCACACGCCUGGACACCUCACAGAGUCCCCCCAGCAGCAGAGAGGACAGCUGGACCACUGAGCAGCCUGUCUUCGUGAAGACGUCAGAGCAGUCCGAGACAGAGGAGGGCCUGUCGCCGUGUUGUCCUCACCGGCACGCCGAGUACACAGUGCCCCCUGUGAGUCGAGUGAGAUCCGCGUCUAGCUCUGAGAACUCCUGGGGCUCACGGAGCCGCGAGUCGACAGCGGGGGUCACUUCGCGUCCGGCUAUGGAAGAGUGGUGGAACACCAGCACCGAUACCCAGUGUGUAUCCUCACCUACGAGCAUCCUGCAGAAACCGUUUAUCAAAGCGGAGACGAGCUCCCGGUUCCGGGCUUUCUCCUCCAGCAGCCUCUCCUCUCACACGGAUGGGCAGGAUAAGGAGGGCAGAUCACUUCCUCCAUGGAAGAAGCACCUGGAACAGCGGCUGCAGAACGCUCCAGACCUGAUCCGGCAAGAGAUUGAGAGGGACCGGCAGCGUGAGCAGGAACACCUGGUGCUCCGGGAAUCGCGGAGCCUCUCCGUCUCGCUGGAGAAGGGCCUGGAUGAUGUAGACGGCUCGGAGCAGGUGGUAACAAUAACGACACCAACAAACACAGCGGAACAAUCUGACCCUAAGCAAAGUUCUGAGGAGGAGAACACAACAGAGCAGCCAAGUGUCACUGAAACGAGAGAACCACCUAAAAAAACGAUUCCACCUAAAGAACCGAUUCCACCUGAGGAACCGAUAAAGUCAAUGAGCUCCAGGCCAUCGUACUCCUGGAGUGUGGAUACCUACCCCAUGAGAAGAGUGUCCACGGCAGAUAAAACCUUCAACACUCCCUCUCCCCGCCCGUACUCCCGGCUCCCCUCCGUCUCCAUAGUAACAGCCCAGCCGUGGGGCAACCAGAAGCCGAGCUUCCCCGUGGCGCCCCGGGUGUCCCCCCUGGUGACCAGCCCUGCGUGGGUGGAGCGAGGGGUCAGGAGCAUGGAGGGUCUGGGCGGCGCCUCUGUCAUCACCCCCACCUCUGCCCCUGCCUAUGCCUCUGCCAUUACCCCCACCCCUGCCUCUGCCUAUGCCUCUGCCAUCAUCCCCACCUCUGCCUCUGCCUAUGCCUCUGCCAUCACCCCCACCCCUGCCUCUGCCCCUGCAUCUGCCCCCACCUCCACCCCUGCCUCUGCCAUCAUGCCCACCUCUGCCUCUGCCUAUGCCUCCUCUGCCUAUGCCUAUGCCUCUGACUCUGCCAUCACCCCCACCCCUGCCUCUGCCUCCACCCCCACCCCCACCUCCACCCCUGCCUAUGCCUGUGCCUCUGACUCUGCCUCCAUCUUUGCCCCCACCUCCUUUGCCCCCGGCCCCACCUCCGCCCCCGCCUCUGCCUCCACCCACACCCAAAAGGGCCUGACGGAGACCCUGCUGGAGGACUUUGAGGAACGCCGUGCCAAGCUGAGGCUGGAGGACAGUGCAUAUGCUGGGAUCCAGCCCAUCGAUGAUGUAAACAAUGAGGUACUGGAGGCGACACGUGUCACACGGCACAAAAACACGAGGGCACUGCGCUGGGAGGCAGGCAUGUAUGCCAAUGAAGAUGCCAACUGAGCAUGCCAACACUGCUCCUCUCUCUCUACAGCUGAAUCCUCAAAGCUCUCGCAAGACUUUGUAAUCAGAGCCAUCUAAUACCAUCUUACACAGCUCACCUCUUAUCAACAAAGACUGGCAAUGCAAGGCAAUGUAAUGUCAACCAUCAUAGCCAACUUAUGUCCCCCCCCAAAAUAAAUACUGUCUGCAAGCAGAGAAGGGCCUUUCAAAGUCAGCAUUUAUUCAAAGUUUUCAAAGAAUACAUUUAUAAUUGAGAGGAGAGCAUAAUGGUUCUAAAUUCUAAAUUCUGAAAAAAAGGUUCUAAAUUCCCCAUAUGUGGUGUGGAUCUGGAGUCAAGUGUGACAUGUGCAGAGAACCAUGGCUGCUUAGGAUCCACCGGAUUGGUCACCAGAGUUGCAGGAUCUGGCCCCGCAGAGUAGCCGGCCUGGCAUUACCGUAUCAUUAAAGCCCAGCAGCGGCAGCUGGGUGAUCUCUAGCGCUCUCAGAGUGGACCGCUGAAAGACUGUAGCACAGGAGAGAUACAGGGAUCACUUCAGAAUACAUUCAUGAACAAGCCUUACCUGUCCAGAGAAACCAUCCCCCGCUCCUCCUCCUCCUCCUCCUUAAAAAAAAAGAAAAACUUGAUAUCAGAGACUUAACUACGCCCUCCAUGAGCUCAAGCAGUCUUCAUGGUCAUGGCAAGAGUGCGUAAUAGAUCACACACAUGCCGAGAGACUCAUCAGUGCUUCGUCCUCACCAGGGCCCUUACUCUUGAUCCCCUACGAAUGUGUGUGCACGUUCCCACGGGGUAAAUCAGGGGCAGGGGCAGAGCUUUAUUUCCCAGCCAUCCUAUAGUUUGAGUGCUUCUAUUUCAAAUCUAACGUUGAUUUGUGUCGUGCAUGUAUCCUUUUUCUUAAAACAAGCUACUCUCCCCUCAGCCGAAGGUCCCAUUCAAUUCUAAUUUAAUAUUGUAAAAACAUGAAAAUAUUGAAAAUGUAUUUAAUUCUGUUUUACAGCAUGCUUUGAAAAGCUGGAAAUGAGACUGAAAUAAAUAAACUAAUAACAUAACUGA